GGGACUCCGGCGGUCAGAGAGAGGAGACAGGGAAAGAAGACAGUGGGACUCCGGCGGUCAGAGAGAGGAGACAGGGAAAGAAGACAGUGGGACUCCAGCGGUCAGAGAGAGGAGACAGGGAAAGAAUACAGUGGGACUCCGGCGGUCAGAGAGAGGAGACGGGGAAAGAGAGAGAACUUCGUGCGUUCUACUACACACAGUCACAGGAUAAGGACGAGUGCGUAGACAGUUAUUAUAUACAUAUUUGUGUGUCUUCUUUUUAAAUCAACGUUUGCACGUGAGAUUACGGUUGUAGUGGGUGUAAAGGAACUAUAAUAGAAUCGGAGGAAUGUAUCCAGCUAAAGCAACAGUGACCCACCGUCCUCCGAGAUGUCAGCUCCACAUUAUCCGAACCAUCGUGCUACUCCUGGCUGUCCUAGAGAUGACUGCGACACGGUCUGAUUUCCCCCACGACCCCAGUGUUGUGGCCCCCUCCACUUGGAACAGCUCAGCUCUCUUCUUGCGUCUGGAGGCUCCUAUGAACAACAUCACCACGUCUCUGGGCCAGACAGCAGAGCUGCUGUGUCGUGUGUCCGGUAACCCCACUCCCACGGUGCGCUGGCUGAAGAACGACGCCCCCGUGGUCCAGGAGCCUCGCCGGAUCUCCUACCGACCAACGCCCUAUGGCUCCCGCCUCCGCAUCCGUAACCUGGACACUACAGACACAGGCUACUUCCAGUGUGUGGCCACUAACAGCUACGGCAUCGUCUCCACCACAGGAGUACUCUUCGUCAAGUUUGAUCCACUCCCUACACCAAUGCCAGGGAGGCCCUAUCCUGAUGAUUUUGAUGAGGAGGGGUUCUGCCAACCGUACAGGGGAGUGGCCUGUUCUCGCUUCAUAGGAAACCGCAGCAUCUUCGUUGACUCUCUGCAGAUGCAGGGUGAGAUCGAGACCCAGAUCACAGCCGCCUUCACCAUGAUCGGAACGUCCAACCACCUGUCGGACCGCUGCUCCCUGUUCGCCAUCCCGUCUCUGUGCCACUUUGCCUUCCCUACAUGUGACCGCAGCUCUGGGACAGACAAGCCCAGGGACCUGUGUAAGGACGAGUGUGAGAUCCUAGAGAAUGACCUGUGUAAGACCGAGUACAUCAUCGCCCGUUCCAACCCCAUCAUCCUGAAGAGACUGAAACUACCUAACUGUGAGGACUUGGCGGGACACACCAGCCCAGAGGCUGCCAACUGCAUGAGGAUAGGGAUCCCCAUGGUCGAGCCCUUCAACAAGAACCACAAGUGUUUCAACAGCAGUGGUUCAGACUUCCGCGGGACGGUCAGUAAGACCAAGUCAGGUCGUCAGUGCCAGCCCUGGAACUCUCAGUACCCUCACAGUCACACCUACCUGGCGGUACAAUACCCCGAGCUCAGCGGAGGACACUCCUACUGCCGUAACCCCGGCAACAAGCAGGAGGGACCAUGGUGUUUCACGCUGGACGAGGGGGUCCGCUUGGAACUAUGUGACAUCCCUGUUUGUGAUUAUAAGGAGAAGCGUGGGGGCAGUAACAUGGAGAUUCUGUACAUCCUGGUCCCGAGCAUAGCCAUCCCUCUGUCCAUCGCCCUCCUUUUCUUCUUCAUCUGUUUGUGUCGUAACAACCAGAAGGCUUCUCGCCCCCCAGCCCCCAGACAGCCCAAACCUGUCAGGGGACAGAACGUUGAGAUGUCCAUGCUCACCAACUACAAACCCAAGAGUAAGGCCAAGGAGCUCCCCCUAUCCGCAGUGCGUUUCAUGGAGGAGCUAGGUGAAUGUACAUUUGGUAAGAUCUACAAGGGCCACCUGUACAUGCCUGGUAUGGAGCAUGCCCAGCUGGUGGCCAUCAAGACCCUGAAGGACUACUCCAGCCCUGGCCAGUGGGGGGACUUCCAACAGGAGGCAUCAGUCAUGGCUGAGCUGCACCAUCACAAUGUGGUGUGUAUUUUGGGGGUAGUGACCCAGGAACAGCCUGUCUGCAUGCUGUUUGAGUUCCUGAACCAGGGGGACCUCCAUGAGUUCCUCAUUAUGCGUUCUCCUCACUCUGACGUGGGCUGUAGUAGUGAUGAGGACGGGACCAUCAAGUCCGUCCUGGACCACGGAGACUUCCUGCACCUGGCCAUCCAGGUGGCUGCUGGUAUGGAAUACCUGGCCAGUCACUCCUUUGUCCAUAAGGACCUGGCAGCCCGUAACAUCCUAGUGGGGGAACGGCUCCACGUCAAGAUAUCUGACCUGGGUCUGUCCCGAGAGAUCUAUGCCUCCGACUACUACAGGGUCCAGCCCAAGGCUUUACUCCCGAUCCGAUGGAUGCCUCCUGAGUCCAUGGCCUAUGGGAAGUUCACGUCGGAGUCAGAUAUCUGGGCGUUUGGCGUGGUGCUGUGGGAGAUCUUCAGCUACGGCCUGCAGCCCUACUACGGCUUCAGCAACCAGGAGGUCAUGGAGAUGGUGAGGAAACGCCAGCUGCUGCCCUGCCCAGAGGACUGCCCCCCCAGGGUCUUCAGCCUGAUGACAGAGUGCUGGCAGGAGGGCCCAGCGAGGCGUCCGCGGUUUAAGGAUAUCCACUGUCGUCUCCGGGCCUGGGAGGGGCUGUCAUCCCACGCCAGUUCUAGUACCCCAUCAGGAGGCGGGGGCAACGCCACCACCCAGACCACCUCGUUGAGUGCUAGUCCUGUCAGUAACCUCAGCAACCCACGCUACGCCGCUGCAGGCUACCUCUACCCAGCCCAGGGGAUACCCGCGCCUGGUCAUCCGGGCCACCAAAUGGCAGGCUGGACCCCAAUGACCCAUGGAGCACCCAUGGCCCAGAACCAGCACCAACACCAAUGCUUCAUCCCUGUCAACGGCUACCCCAUCCCCCCAGGCUAUGCUGCCUUUCCUGCAGCCCACUUCCAGGCCCAGGGCCCCCCCAGGGGGGUGCAACACCUCCCCCCGCCCAAGAGCAGAUCUCCCAGCAGUGCUAGCGGCUCCACCAGCACCGGUCAUGUGGCCAGCUUGCCAUCCACGGGGUCUAAUCACGAUGCGAACACGCCACUGCUGUCACACUGCGUGGCGAUAUCCGCCCUGCCAGGGGGCGGGACCAUGCAGGUAUACGGACACAUGUCCCAGAAGGCUUUGCGACAGAUGGACCCCUCGCAGACGUCCGCACUGCUGGCCGACGCCAACAGACUCAUGUACAGCGAUUCAAUCAUCACCGCUGACAUGUAAAACACUACAGACCUGGACUUUAUAAUAUCUCAUCUGGUUGAUUUCAUGCUUUGUUUCCUUUUACCUGUUUUGUUUGUUUUUGUAAUAAAAUUAUUAUAAUUAUUGUGUCAACUUUUUACUCUACUUGUAAAUACAUGUACGAAAUCCCGAAUGAAUGAAAUGCAAAGAUUUAUAUUCAAUUAACUUGUUUUAAUAAGAGAGCUAGAAGUCGUGGCCUGCCUCCUAUUCUGAAACUCAAACUGCCUGAAUAGACUCUUAAUGAAUCUACUCUACCUGCCUGGAUAGACUCUUAAUGAAUCUACUCUACCUGCCUAGAUAGACUCUUAAUGAAUCUGCUCCACCUGCCUGGAUAGACUCUUAAUGAAUCUACUCUACCUGCCUGGAUAGACUCUUAAUGAAUCUACUCUACCUGCCUGGAUAGACUCUUAAUGAAUCUACUCUACCUGCCUAGAUAGACUCUUAAUGAAUCUGCUCCACCUGCCUGGAUAGACUCUUAAUGAAUCUACUCUACCUGCCUGGAUAGACUCUUAAUGAAUCUACUCUACCUGCCUGGAUAGACUCUUAAUGAAUCUACUCUACCUGCCUGGAUAGACUCUUAAUGAAUCUACUCUACCUGCCUGGAUAGACUCUUAAUGAAUCUACUCUACCUGCCUAGAUUGACUCUUAAUGAAUAUACUCUACCUGCCUGGAUAGACUCUUGAUGAAUCUACUCUACCUGCCUGGAUAGACUCUUAAUGAAUCUACUCUACCUGCCUAGAUAGACUCUUAAUGAAUCUACUCUACCUACCUGGAUAGACUCUUAAUGAAUCUACUCUACCUGCCUGGAUAGACUCUUAAUGAAUCUACUCUACCUGCCUGGAUAGACUCUUAAUUAAUCUACUCUACCUGCCUGGAUAGACUCUUAAUGAAUCUACUCUACCUGCCUGGAUAGACUCUUAAUGAAUCUACUCUACCUGCCUGGAUAGACUCUUAAUGAAUCUACUCUACCUGCCUGGAUAGACUCUUAAUGAAUCUACUCUACCUGCCUGGACAGACACUUAGUAAACUCUGAAUCAGACACUUCUUGAUUUUCUGGAGCACUUUAGGGCUGUUCUGCAGUAGGGUGUGGUGUUGUUGGACUGGAGGGGCCAUGUUCUGCACAGCGCUAUGCAAUAACAUAGCACUCAUGCCCUCUGCAUCACUCUCCACAGUUAUGUGCCUCCACAGUCUCCACAGUCUCCACAGUUAUGUGCCUCCACAGUUAUGUGCCUCCACGGUCUCCACAGUUAUGUGUGUCCACUAGACUCUCUUCUCAAUACAGGGUUCUAUCAAUUCAUAUUUCACUGAUGUAGAGGUACUAGGACUGAAUCAGACGAUUGUUUAACCAGCCAUACUUCUCUCUCCAAUCUGUGAGCAUGUCUCUCCUCCCCUCUAUCACCCUCUUACAAUAGAUCAGUUAUGCAAUAUGGCUCUUACAUUGGCUCUGCAGUCUUUGAUCUAUCCAUUUAUUGUUGUUUUUAUGAUAUGAAGAAAUAGUACUGAUACAUGUAUGUUCAUCAUAACUUCUUUCUCAAAGCAAUCAAUAUAACAAUAAUGUCUGACAGUAGGGUGAAGGAAUGAUCAAAUAUAGGUAUGAAUCUGAUAUCCAACCACAUUUGACCAGACAGCUCACAAAAUCAGCUACAAUACAGUAUAUUUCACCUCACUUUAAUGUGUUUGUUGCUAUGCAACUACUUAGUACAAAUACUCAUUGUUUGCCUGUACAGGAAGAGAACAAGCACUUGCCUUCCAUGCUUACUCUGGUAUAAUACACAUCUCUUCCAUGCUUACUCUGGUAUAAUACACAUCUCUUCCAUGCUUACUCUGGUAUAAUACACAUCUCUUCCAUACUUACUCUGGUAUAAUACACAUCUCUUCCAUACUUACUCU